AUGACCGGUCGAUUAUUGAGUAAAACCUUUCUUACGGUAAGAUAUUCUUGAUAGUAACAGUAAACUAUAGGUGUUAUGAUACUUCUGUAGUCAUUUUUACAUUAAAUUGUUUGUGUUAUUGUAGUACAUUAUAUUACCGUGCUUUUUCGUGUUUUCUAACGUACAGGGUGUUUCACCAUAUUUUGUUUGUAGAAACGAGUUAUAUCUUUGCAACUACAUGUGCUAUAAUUCUAAAUUUUGGUACACUGGUAGUAGAGACUAGUACAAUUUUUUGUCAAAAAUUUUGGAUUUUUUAAGUGCUUUUUAAGGUCGUCAUUAAUUUUUGAAAAUGAGCAUUUUUCGCCAAAAUACACAUAUUUUCGGUUGAAAAUGCUUUUUUACUCGAAAUUUUUCUAAGUUUUCAAUUCUUUUGAUACAAACCGCAUUUUCAAUGUUUUCAAAGACUUGGCGGAGACUCGGCGGACGCCUAAAUUUAUCGGCGGAGGCUAUAACUUGCUUCAAACAUAACGUAGCGGCGUGAAACAAAAAGCAUUAGUUUUAAAAUUAUCAGGCCCAUCUUCACUGACGCUAAACUUGUUUGAAAAUAACUCUAAAUUAAAAAUUCACAAAAAAGUUAAAUCAAAAGAUAUUAACGUUCAGAAAUAGACGCAGUUUUAAAAAAUUUUACUUAUGUUCAAAAGUUAUGAUAAACUCAUUUUCUUCAAAAGUUAAACCGCAAAUAUAUCACAUGUUGUAUCUUGUUAUUUUUUUUUGUUAUUAAGUAAACUAAAAGAUGAAAUACGUUAAAAUUUUAAAAAUUAUUUGUGCAAUUUACAAAUUAAAUUUAAAAACAUGGUUUCUUUAUUAAUUUUCUUAGGUUUUUUUAAUUUUUGUGUUUUAAAAAUUGAAGCCAAGCUCAGUAUCAGUGGAGAUUGCCCUGAUAAUUUUAAAACUAAUGCUUUUUGUUUCACGCCGCUACGUUAUGUUUGAAGCAAGUUAUAGCCUCUGCCGAUAAAUUUAGGCGUCCGCCGAGUCUCCGCCGACGUUUGAAAAUCAAAAACUUUGCUAAAAAUGUCAUUUUCAAUCAAAAAAUUGUCAAAAACUAUCAGUCGUUCCACUAAAGAAUUUGACAACUGCACAGUGCAGUCCCUGGGAAAAUCGCGCCCUUUUUUAUUCCCCUGCACCGUGCAGAUUCUCCCGCGAUCGCUUGCAAUCCCAAACGAUGGGAGAAAGAAUGCACAGUGCAAGCCCCUAAUUGUCGCACUGGUCAGUUGUCGCAGGAGUCAGGGGACUUGCGACAAUCAAAAAAAUCUUGUCGCAAACCUUCCAUUGAACACAGUGGUGGCUUGAGCGUUGCGACAAUCGCGACACGCUGUCGCAUCGCCCUUUAAACCGCGAUGCGACAACUUGUCGCAAGGUUUUGCACCUUGCGACAUUGCGAUUCCCCUUUUGAUGUCGCAGGGUGCAAGCGAAAGUCGCACGACUCGCUGAAUGUCGCGCGACGUCCCCUGAUUCUCGGUGCGACAGCGAUUCCUCCAAAUUGGGGUUUGCGAUUUUGUCAAAUUCUUUGGUGGAAAGACUGAUAUCAUGCCGUCCGCCGAGUCUCCGCCAAGUCUUUGAAAACAUUGAAAAUGCGGUUUGUAUCAAAAGAAUUGAAAACAGAAAAAUUUCGAGUAAAAAAAGCAUUUUCAACCGAAAAUAUGUGUAUUUUGGCGAAAAAUGCUCAUUUUCAAAAAUUAAUGACGACCUUAAAAAGCACUUAAAAAAUCCAAAAUUUUUGACAAAAAAUUGUACUAGUCUCUACUACCAGUGUACCAAAAUUUAGAAUUAUAGCACAUGUAGUUGCAAAGAUAUAACUCGUUUCUACAAACAAAAUAUGGUGAAACACCCUGUAUAUUACACUGAAACCUCUACUGGGAGUGUUAAUGAGUUAAAACUUUUAGAAUGUGUUUCUUCAAGCCCGUCGAUUGUCUGGUCUGUUCGACAACUUCAAGAAGAUUCUAGUUCACGAGCAAUUCGGGGUCAAUGAGAACCGUGAAGUCACGAUCGUCGAGUUCAGAGACCGUAUCUUGGACGUGGUAAUCAACGAGAUCGUGCCGUCUAUCAAGACUAACGUGCAGCCAGUGACUACUGAACGGAACAUGGACGAAAGCUACUGUCGCCUUCAGAUUCCCGUGAAUGGUCGGGGGUACCAGUUGAGGUAUCUUAGUGCCAACAGAGCUGGUAUCAGGCUGGGGAGACUGUUGGAGGUACGGUAAUUGGAAAUUAUAAAUUUCAAAAGUCCAUGUUAUUCUUAGUGUUAUAUUGUUAAAUGCUUGAUUUUUUACUAUAGGAAUUAAUGUUUAGGACCUUGACAUGUUCUCCGUGUGGUUGUCGUAUCUUCAUUGCCAAGGUCGAGAGAACUGGGGGAAACCUACAGUAAACCCGUGUAUCUUUGUAACUGCAUGUUGUGAUCAGAUCAACUUAGCUACGUAUGUCUAUUACCCAAUACAAUAUUUAUAUUAUGUUGUGUUAGUAAAUUACUAACUAGUACUCUAGCCAGGGACGUCGUUUGAGGGAGGGGGUAGGGGGGGGGGUAACCUGUACGUGUAAAAAAAGAAAAGAAAAAUUUUUGUAAAAUCGGUCCACAGAUAGCUUACCUGUGGACGAAAAAAUUUUUUUUUGGCCUUUCCUCCCCCCCCUCUUUAGAGAAAAUCCGCAGCGACGUCCCUGACUCUAGCACUAUACUUGGUUGUGUUUACUUAAUAAGGGGUACUUGUAGCAGGCUUUAUUGGUCGCUUUAGUACUGUAAUAUUAUUCUUUCAGCCAAGACAUUAACCCAAAGUCUGAUCUUCACCUCGAAGGUCAUGUCAGCUGGGCUGGUGGUGCUUCAGUGGAGACUACGAUGAGGAUCGUACAAGACGAGAAACAACUUCUGGAUGCCAAGUUCAUCAUGGUGAACCUGUCGCCUCAGAACAUGAAGGAGAAGGUGAAUGUGCCUCAGUUAAUCCACGAAAGUCCGGUCGAAAAUGAAUUAUUCAAAUUGGGACAGAAGAACAAUGCUCGUCGCAAAAGCCAAGUAACUAUGUCAUCUUUUGUAUUUGUUAUUGUCUGUGACUGGAUUCUAAUUGGGGUUGGCUAGACUAGAGACUAUUUUUAGUAUUGUAUAUGUACAUAUGCUGAUAUCUUGUAGUAAUCAUCAACUCUACAGUAUAUUGUUGUAGAAAGACGAAUCCUUCCUCAAGAGACCUCCAACUCCAGAUCAAGUCCAGCAACUGCACCAACUUCAUCUCCGUCGCGUCAAAGACAUGUCAUAUGUUCCGAGCGAUGGCGGUACGAAAGAUACGACUUACAUUGGAGAAACUGCACGUAUGACUACGGUAAACUGUUUCCCAGAAGAUCAGAACUUCUACGGUAAGAUGUUUGGCGGCUUCUUGAUGCGUCAAGCCUACGAGCUGGCUGCUAUUAACUCAAAACUGUUUGCUCGAACUCGUACUGAGUGUAUCGCCAUGGAUGACAUUGUAUUCGCUGAACCAGUAGAGAUCGGCGACAUUCUGGAGUUGUGGACCCGGAUUACUUGUACUCAAGAUCAGUUUAUGCAGGUAUGUCACAUAAUCAUAUGUAAAUUAGUCUUUUUCUUCAUUUUUUUGUUAUUUUUUAGUAUAAAAAGCUAUUGUUAUGUAAUCACAGUAUGGGGAUACGAGUAAUACUUUGUGCUAUUGAAAUGAGUACGUCUGAGCACUUAUUUAUUCUAACGCCCGCUGAAUUUUGAUAUCAACUUUGCCUUACGAACGCGUUUUCUGUGGAAUUUUAGAUUAAAGUAGGAUAACAAAGAAGCAUGCUAUAAGUAGUAAAAGUCUUAAACAAAAUAUUUAAAAUAGGUUCAGAAAUGGCUUUUGUACUAUUUUAUGUAGAGUAAUAUAGCAUAUAAAAUUUUAAAUUCAAAAAAGUCUAAUUGUAUUGGACUAGUAAUAGUAGUGUAGUAAGAAAAUUAAGUAUGUCACUUUCAGACCCGUGUAUUCGCUCGCAAAGUAAUAAUCGACGAUGACAAAUCAAUCCGUUAUCAGACCUCGAACACCUUCCACUUCUCGUUCAUGACCUUGGACGGGUCUAAGGUCAGAACGGUACUACCAAAGGACUACUUUGACGGACUACUGUACCACAUUGGGAAGAAACACUUACUGGAAUGCCGACGUCGUACUGGGCUUUAA